GAGAGGCCUCGCUCGGGCCACCUGCUGCGAGGAGCCGGGGGCAGAGCCGGGCAGGGCCGGGCCCGGAGGCGGCUCCGCGGGCCGCGGACACAAUGAGCCCAUCUCGGCCGUCCUGUGCUCCCCCUCGCCGCCGGGCGAGAUGCAGGGCAAGGCCUCCCGGGACGCCGGCGUGGGGAGACGGACGGAGCGGGUGGAGCUGCGCCCGGUGCCCGGGCCUGUGGGGCCGACCCGUGGGAAAGCGGAGCAGCCCGUCAGCACCACCGACGGGUCCGAUAAGGACGAUCCCGAUCCGAGCCCCAGCACCCUGCGGAGCGCCCUAGAAAUCCCCGAGCCGGCAGCGGGAAUACAGUUUAAUCGAGCCAAGAAGAAACCUGCUCCAGUGAAGUAUGAAGUUGGAGAUCUAGUCUGGGCUAAGUUCAACAGACGACCGUGGUGGCCCUGCACAAUCUGUCAUGAUCCAGUGCUCGACUGUCACUCAAAAAUGAAAGUUUCCAAUCGGAGACCAUAUCGAGAGUACUACGUAGAUGCCUUAGGAGACCCUUCUGAGAAAGCCUGGGUUGCAGGAAAAGCGAUUGUACUUUUUGAAGGCAGAUACCAGUUUGAAGAGCUGCCUGUCCUUCGGAGAAGAGGGAAGCAAAAAGAAAAAGGCUACAAGCACAAGGUUCCUCAGAGGUUUGUGGCGAAAUGGGAAGUCAGUGUUGGACAUGCGGAAGAAUUCCUUCUCAAGGGGACUGAGGAUCAAAAGUGUAGUCAGAAUCCCAGCAAGCUGAAGAGUGAGGCUGUGCUGUUGGAAUCCUGCACUAAUGGCCCUGGAAUGGAACCGGACAGGCAGCUGAACGGCUGUUUUAAAUCAUUGGCGUUUGACUCCAAACACUUAGCCAGGGAGAAGGGAAGGUCGUGCACUAAAUCACAAGCGAAAAAGAGCUCAGACAGCAGGAAAAGGACUAGAGUAAAAAAGAGCAGCACCAGACUGGAAGCAUCUAGGAGAGAAAUUGGAGGAAAGGCCCCAGAGAACGUCAUUAGAAACAGGGUUGCUGGGGACCUGCCGGAUAAACACGCAUCCCAUGAACUGUGCCGGAUAGCAAACAGCCUCACAGCCUCCAAUGGUGCCGUGGAAAACUACUUGCUCUCUUCUUUUGGAGAAAGACGUUUUGAAAAGACAACCUUGAAACAGGAGUAUCCGGCUCCUCAUGGUGACUCCCUACGGGACACACUGAAAGGGGAUUUGCUUUCUAGCAGCUCUACAGAGAAAGAGAAAAGCCCCGUAGGCAUUCUUUGCAGUUCCAAAUUACAGGUACACUAUUCUACAGCUGACACUUCUAUUGAGAAAAAGCAAACGGAGUCCGAUUCGCUGACUUCCUUCUCAGAUGAUGGGACUAGUGAUCUAGAUACCGGGGACCAAAGUUCUGAGGCAGCCUGCAGUGCCCUGGAGAUUAGUGACUCUGCAGAUAAAGAAGAAAAGGAAUUCUUUCCAGGGAUGAGGGGAAACAGUAAAUGUUCCAUGUAUCUCUCACAAAACAGCAACAGAAGAGCUAGGAAAAGGUCAUCUAGAGAUCACAGAACUCCAGCAGGCCCUAGAGGUGGCAGGAGUGAUGCUGAAUCUGUGGAUGGGGAGCUCCAAGGAGCAGUCUCGGACACUGAGAUGCCUGUUAUUGCUCUGGAGUGUACUUCAGCUAUGAGAAAUGACCAUCUUUCCCUUGCAGAUAAGCACCCUACACCCCAGAAUGUUUGCCGGGAGAGCUCCCACACUGGGAUUACAAAUCAACUGAAUCUACACCUGAAAAACAUCAAAGUGCCCCGGCUCAUAAGUAUAAGAAGCAAACACAAGGAGAGUGCUGCUGGGACAGAACCCCCUCUGCUAGAAGAGGAAUGUGGUGUGAAUUGCUGCUCUUCUGACACCAAAGGUUUCACUGGUCCACCUGCCAAGAGCGGGAAAGUUGAUAGUCAGGAACCAUUAAAUAAUGUGCAUGAGAGAGCCAGGGAUUCUGCUGAAAUAGAGACCGCCGUGGUGAAGCAUGUCCUCUCAGAGCUGAAGGAACUGUCCUUUAGGUCCCUUGGUGAUGAAGCUAGUGACUAUGGGGCACCUAAGACCACAGCACCCUUACUCUUCUCUUCUGCCUCUGGGCAGAGUCGUUUGCCCAUUGAGCCAGACUACAAAUUCAGCACCUUGCUAAUGAUGUUGAAAGAUAUGCAUGAUAGUAAGACAAAAGAGCAGCAGCUGAUGUCAGUUCAGAAUAUGGUCCCGUAUCGAAAUGCUGGCAUGAGCAGCUCCUCUGGAAGUAAUUCUGCAAGUGGCUUGAAGGGUUUGGGUACAAAAGGACCCGCUUAUAAAUUAGAAAAAAAUGGGGAUUGCGUUCUGGAAGCAACAUGUCAGAACCCCAGUGCGAGUGAAUCCUCUUUUUCGUGCAGCACUACAGCCAAGAUAACUGGGCGGAGUACUAACAAAAGGGAGCCCACAGUUCCUGCUCUUUCUGCAUAUUCAGAAAAGAAACGCCUUAGAAAGCCGAGCAAACGGCUUCUGGAAUAUGCAGAAGAAUAUGAUCAGAUAUUUGCACCUAAGAAAAAAUCAAAGAAGGGCCAGGAGCAAUUGCAAAGGGUGAGUUCCCGGGAGAGGUCUGAGUUCAAGGGAGAGGAAAGGCUUUCAGCACGAUGCAGUCGUGGAAGUGAUCUCCGGAAUGUGCAGCUGGAGCAGAACCCUCUGGUGUCAACUCCAUCUUCCUCUUCAACCAAAGAUGCUCCUCCAGUCCUUGAAGCAGAACAUUUGCUGUUAGAAGAGCCAGUUUCCCGUUCCUCUGAGCCCACUGACCUACUCAUAGAUGGACAUUCAGACUUGCCGGAGCUGAUGUUAUCUUCCCCUGAUGUGUCUGAAGUUUCUGCUUGUUCUCUGGAGGCAGAGGAACGUUUCCUGAAAUCAGGGAACUUGGAGAGGAAGCGUCAGAGGAAGCCAACUAAGAAGCUCUUGGAAUCCAAUGAUUUGGAUGCUGUGUUUAUGCCAAAGAAGGAGGGGUGGACUCCUCCAAAGAAGUGUUUUGAUGCUGGCCCUCUGGAGAGUGACCUUUCUGAAUUUUAUGCCACACCCCAGUUUUUGGAUCUCGGAGAAGCUCCUGACAGACUCCCUGAGAAGCAGAGAAAGCGCAAGAGACAGCGAUACUCCCCAGCCACAGCGCAUUACAAGAAAGGGCGGAGUGAAGAUGCACUGGGGGAAGCUCCCAGUUCUGAGGGGGAGAUACCUAUCCAUGGGAGUGCUGCAAGCCCCAAGGAGCUCAAUGAGGAUGGGUCUGAGAAUGACCAUGGAGUGCCUUCAUCCAAAAGGAUGCAGGGGGAGCGAGGAGGAGGAGCAGCCCUCAAGGAGAACGUUUGUCAGAUCUGUGAGAAGCCGGGGGAGUUGUUGCUGUGUGAAGCGCAGUGCUGUGGUGCUUUCCACCUGCGGUGCCUCGGGCUCUCAGAAAUGCCGAAGGGCAAGUUCAUCUGCAAUGAGUGUUCAACAGGCGUCCACACCUGCUUUGUGUGCAAGAGCAGCGGGGAGGACGUGAGGCGGUGCUUGCUCCCCUUGUGUGGGAAGUACUACCACGAAGAGUGUGUGCAGAAGUACCCACCCACAGUCAUGCAGAACAAGGGCUUUCGAUGCUCACUGCACAUCUGUAUGACUUGUCAUGCCGCUAACCCAGCGAACCUUUCUGCGUCUAAAGGUCGCUUGAUGCGUUGUGUUCGGUGUCCAGUGGCAUACCACGCCAACGAUUUCUGUCUGGCUGCGGGGACAGUGAUCCUCGCCUCCAACAGCAUCAUCUGCCCCAAUCACUUCUCUCCACGGAGGGGCUGCCGAAACCAUGAGCACGUCAAUGUCAGCUGGUGCUUUGUCUGCUCAGAAGGGGGCAGCCUUUUGUGCUGUGAGUCAUGCCCAGCUGCUUUUCACCGCGAGUGUCUGAACAUCGAGAUGCCUGAGGGAAGCUGGUACUGUAACGACUGCAAAGCUGGCAAGAAACCACAUUACAAGGAGGUGGUCUGGGUAAAAGUUGGGCGCUACAGGUGGUGGCCAGCUGAGAUUUGCCAUCCUAGAACUAUUCCUGUAAAUAUCCAAAAGAUGAAACAUGACAUUGGCGAGUUUCCUGUGCUGUUUUUUGGGUCCAACGAUUACCUCUGGACGCACCAGGCUCGGGUGUUUCCCUACAUGGAAGGCGAUGUGAGCAGCAAGGACAAGAUGGGCAAGGGAGUGGAUGGCAUUUAUAAGAAAGCUCUGCAGGAAGCGGCUGUGAGGUUUGAAGAGCUGAAGGCACAGAAAGAACUGAGGCAGCUGCAGGAAGACAGAAAGAAUGAUAAGAAGCCUCCUCCCUACAAACAUAUCAAGGUAAACAGACCAGUGGGCAAGGUGCAAAUCUUCACAGCAGACCUGUCUGAGAUACCACGGUGCAACUGCAAACACAGCGAUGAAAACCCCUGUGGCCUGGACUCGGAGUGCAUCAAUCGCAUGCUGCUGUAUGAGUGCCAUCCCCUGGUCUGUCCGGCUGGGGAGCGCUGUCAGAACCAGUGCUUCUCCAAGAGGCAGUACCCAGAGGUAGAAAUCUUCCGCACGCUGGCACGAGGCUGGGGCUUGCAAGCCAAAAGGGACAUUAAAAAGGGUGAGUUUGUUAAUGAAUACGUGGGAGAGCUGAUUGAUGAGGAGGAGUGUCGGGCACGAAUCCGCUACGCACAGGAGCAUGAUAUUACCAACUUCUAUAUGCUGACUUUGGACAAGGAUCGAAUCAUCGAUGCCGGACCGAAGGGCAAUUACGCUCGAUUUAUGAACCAUUGCUGCCAGCCCAACUGUGAGACUCAGAAAUGGUCCGUGAAUGGCGAUACGCGGGUUGGGCUCUUUGCUCUUGUCAAUAUCAAAGCUGGGACUGAGCUGACUUUCAACUACAACCUGGAAUGUUUGGGGAAUGGAAAGACAGUUUGCAAAUGUGGUGCUCCGAAUUGCAGCGGGUUCCUAGGAGUACGGCCAAAGAAUCCCCCUAACCUUACAGAGGAGAAGUCCAAGAAGUUCAAAAGACGGCAGCAGGUGAAGCGCAGGUCACAGGCAGAGGUCAUGAAAGAGCGAGAGGAUGAGUGCUUCAGCUGUGGAGACGGAGGGCAGGUAGUUUCGUGUAAGAAGACAGGCUGCCCCAAAGUGUACCACGCAGACUGCCUCAACCUGACCAAACGGCCAGCAGGGAAGUGGGAGUGCCCUUGGCAUCAGUGUGAUGUGUGUGGCAAAGAAGCAGCUUCCUUCUGUGAGAUGUGUCCCAGCUCCUUCUGCAAGCAGCACCGGGAGGGCAUGCUCUUUAUCUCCAAACUGGAUGGACGCUUAUCAUGCACAGAGCAUGAUCCCUGCGGACCGAACCCUCUAGAGCCAGGGGAAAUUCGUGAGUAUGUGCCUCCCACAGUCCCGCCGGCUAGCCGUCAAAACACGCAGCCCUCUGACCAUCAGCCUGCAGCCUUGGGCCUCAGGCGUCCGCCUUCUGACAGGCUUCCUCUGGCCGUGGCCCUGAGGCUGCAGCCGUCGGACAAGCCCUGCUCCACUGUGGCUCUGAGGCUGCAGUCAGAUAAACAACCCACCAUUGUAUCCCUGAGGCUUCAGCAGUCAGACAAGCCUCUUGCCACCACCGCAGGCCAGCAGCCUCCGCCCUCAGAUGAGUCUCCUUCCGCUGCUGGAGCUCCGCCGCCUCCUCCCACAGAUGAGUCUCCAACUAAGGGCCUGCAGCCUCUUCCCUUGGACGAGUCUCCCACCGCUACCCAGGUUCAGUGGCCUCAGCUGUUGGGCGAGUCUCCCGCCCUCGCUAGAGUCCCACGGCCUCAGCUGUUGGGCGAGUCUCCCAUCAAGGGCCUGCAGCCCCUGCUGUCAGAUGAGGCUCCCGCCGCUGGGGCCCUGCGGCGUCAGGCAUUGGACAGGCCUCCCGCAGCUCCAAGGCUGCUGCUGUCUGAGAAAGCGCUGAGGCCCGGGGAUCAGCCAAAAGAGAGAGUAGUCGCGGCGGUGGAGCCGCAGCAGAAAGAGCGAACUUGUUUACCUGAGGAGCAGACCUCUCGGCCUGCAGGGAAGGCAGUGACACACCUGGGGCAGGCACCUCGGCCCAUGGAGAAAUUGCAGACCUAUGAGCCAAUCCACUGGCCCACUGUGGAAGCACUGACGCCUGCGGAGCAGUCCCCUCGCACCACCGAGAAAUUACAGACCCCUGAGCCGCCGACUCAGGCUGACCGGGAAGUGGCAUCCGCACCCACAGAGCAGAGCCCUUGGACCGCAGAGAGGUUACGUACAUUUGAACAGAUCCCCCGGCCUGCCAGGGAAGCACCAGUGCCCCCAGAGCAGGCUUCGUGGCUUGCCAGGAACAUUCAGACAUUUGAGCAGAUCUCUUGGCUCUCUGGAAAAGCACAGACACCCCUGGGGCAGGCCCCUUUGCCUGAGCAAAACAUAGUGCUAGUCCAUAACCAGGAUUCUCCCAGUCGGGAAUUGGCUGAAUCGAAACCGAAGUGAAGUCAGUGAAUGAGGCAGGCAGGUUGCAGUCGGUUUGUUUGGGGAGAGGGAUUUUCUUUGUUUUGUUUGUUGUUCACGUCCCUGAGCCCAGCCUCAAGCCCAGGCGCUCUCAUGACAUAAGCAAGGACGUUUACCUAAACCGGAGUGUGGCCCAGCCACGGAAAGUGAGCAUCAGCGACCUUUUCCUCUUCCUUUUAGAAACGGUAACGUUGAAAUAAAGAGUCCACUCCGGAUAAAAUCUCUAAUUCCAUUGAAAUGGUCACGUUCCUGAUCUAGCGCGUCUGCAUCCACAAGGGCUUUCCCAAACAGCUAAGUGGCCCUGAGGAAGCAAUUUCCUUUCUCUUAACUGUUCUGAGUGGAAGCAGAACAACUAGUGUGAACUGGGAUCUCAGACGUUUCCAACGAUUAAAUGGUGCACAGAGUAAUUGGACACGUGUCUUUGCUAGACUCUGAAGAGGGGAAGGGAUUUAGCACUUGUGCUGCCCAAUUCUCCUUCCCCACAGGGUUUUCCUUUGCAAGUGUUUGCCUGAGUGUGCGCAUUGGUAUGUGUCACCAGUGCAAGGCUCACCAAAACACAGGUGCUGUUGUAAAAUGGCGGAGUCCCGUGGAGGAGUCUGCUCCUGCCAGACUGUACAGUUCAUUCCAGCGUGGGCAAGAGAACUGCUCCUGCGCAGGCCUGUGAUUGGGGGUGGGGGGAGAAGGUCUCUGAAGAUACCAUCUGCCAGGAUUCUCACUCUUGGAUCUUAGCUCUGUAACGUGGGACAGGCGGAAUUGCCACUGCACAUAGAAAGCUGUGAGCUCUGGAGGCAGCUGUAGCAGGGUAGAGCGUCAGUAAGGAUGCCGAGCACUGCCUUUGUCAGGGGAGAGACGCUGCCCUCUGAACGGUCCAGGCAGUUCCUCCUUCACCUUGCUUGUUACCAUGAACUAGCAAACUAAAUAGUCUCUCCCUCCCCCAUCUCAACCACAUGCUUAGGAGUCCUGUUUGCAGAGUGGCUGGUAGCCCUAGCUACCAGCCCUAGCUACCUAGUGAAUUCUGUGGAAUUCACUCCAUAGUGCAGAGUCAAGAAGCUACUUCAGAAGGCAUGGUGUAUCCAGAAUGGAAAACCAUGUCAACACCCUUCUCCUUGGUUAGCCUCUGUAUUUCCAACCAAAAAUCCCCACAGGAGACUUGAAUUACCUGGACUAUGUUGAAGUGUUUGUGUGUCAGAAAACCAGCCCCUCAAGGUAAUAGUUCUCACACUGGAACACAAUGGCUCUAGCGCCUGGCUGGCCUCUCUCUCUCUCUCUCUCUCUUUUCCACUAAAGGUAGCUAUGCCUGGUGACUUGCCAGGCUGAUAUUCCGAAUAGACCUGAUGGAGGCAGUGACAUUACCUGCCUGCUAAGGCAGAAAUACACUCUGCUAUGGCACUGAUAAGUUGUGUGGUAGAAUUACAGGCAGGGACUUAGGAAGUGACGCUUGUGACCUGCGAAGGAGUGGCCGGGCAGUCUGCGUUCGUGCUGCCCACGGUUAGUGCAGUGUGCUGUGCCAUCGGGAAGCACCGUCUGAUCAGCACGGCCUCCCAACACAUUACCUACGUUACACGCCUGAGCUCCACUGACCUGGGCAGCAGGAGUCCAGCUUCAGCCUGUGUCCCCCACUGUUUCAGAGAGAGCAGUAGGUCUCUCCCCAGAGGGGGGAGCCCUAGUUCGAUACUAGUCCCUUUCCUCUGACUCGGGAACAGAUCAAGGCUGGCAUUCAGCUCGCAUGUUCGCACUGCUCCAAGAGAGGGCAAUAAUUAGCUUUGCGGGUUUCUGUGAUAGGGAGAGAGAUCUCUGUACCAAGGCAAAUCCUGCUCCAUUCUCCUUUGCAAAGUCAGCUCCCCAAGAGAGUGUCCCCUCUGGGCAGUGCUGUCGUGUGUCUCCUCUCCAGUCUGAAUCGCUUCAGACCCCUCUGUGUAGCUCGUGACUUGGAAAAGCUUUAUGGCUUAUGGAAUCUUAGUGUUUAGUGUUGUUUUUCCAUGAAGACCUGCAGGUCGGUCCCUGAUCUCUGCUGAGCUGGGGGAGAUGCAAGCAGCUAUUGUUUUGCAUGACUCCUGCACAGAGGGAAUCAGGUUGUCUCCUCAGAGCCAUUGAGAGAGGAUAAACUAAGGGCAUUUUAUUAACUUUUUAAAAUAAAAACAAAAUUACAAAAAAAAAAAAGGUAAUGAGGUUCCGUAUGUUAAGUAUUUAUCAUGUGUGAGAAGGAAAAUAAAUCUCUAAUUUACAUUGAUAGCCCUUCCCAUGAGCUGGACUUUGCCAUGUAGAUUGUGUGAGUAGGGUGUCCUCUGCGCCAGCCGCCCAGCCAGCGGAGCUAGAACAAGAAAAGACAUCUGCACUGCUUUGUCCAACUCUGUUUUUGCAAUGUCAUGUGUUACCUAGUUAUUUGUUUCAUGAAAAAUAAACUGUGAAUAUUUUUGGUGCAGGCUAUUUUAAAUCUUUACAAUGGAGAAGUUCUCAGUGAGCGCAGGUUUGAAGAAUCAUUCUUAUAAAUCAUGUGUUUAAAUCUAGGGCGAGGUUCACAGCAGCAGAAUCCCUCCAGCACUCUCGGCAAUUAUUUAGGAGCUCCCGUUUGAAUAGUGAAAGUAGAUUGCAUGAUAUUUUAAGCCACAGCCUUAUGCCACUCACUUGACUACACCACUGUUUCUCUUCCCUUCUCCCUCCAGACCUUUUCUGUACAGAUCCAGUUUUCCAGUCCACCCAUCUUCCAACUGACACGUUUCACAGAGCUGACUUGAGAAUAGCUGUGCACCUGCUUGGUUAAAUACAAAUCUGCACUGGGAAAUGUCACUUAAAGGCAGUGUUUGUGUCAGUUUAGAAGUUAAUACAAAUGCCUCUCUAGGUGUAAGAGUGUUUAGGAGAAGUGAGGAAACCAGGAAGCAGUUGUUCUGUAUCAGGUGGAAGAGGCUGUGCAGUUAAUGGGGUUUUCCUCUCUGCACAGGGCUGAACACCCCACUCCCCGGGAGUGGGAUGUGCCCCAGUCCCUCGGUAGCAAGCUGUAGAGCACUGAAGAACCGUGGCUGGUUGGCCACUUCUGUGUUAUCCCAGGCUAGAGGAGGGAGCUUUUGAUACCGAUGGGAACAUCUCUGUAAGUUAAUAUGAUGGAGAAGAAAUUAACAGCUUUAUGUCUGAACCCUGUUGGCAACCUCGGCAAACAGGCCAAGGCCUGAAGGGAUCUCUGAGACAGAAGGCUCUCUUGCCUCUAGGUGUGAUCCCUGAGACAUGCUCUGCUGGAACCAAGGCUGCCUUUAUCUGGGGAGGACUAAAGUGACUUCAGCCUCAGGGUCAGACUGGCACACUUUGUCUGCCAGGUAAAUCCACAUGAAAGGAAACAAAAUUGAAUUCCACUGUUUGAGAUUGUGGCAACCAGCAGAGCCAGCCAGCUGCAUCUGCUGACUUGGAUGCCGGAGGAGACAUUUGUAUUGGGGCUGUUUAAAUGCCAUUUAUUUCCUUUGCUACCUUUUAGAAUUCGCAUCAGUAAUUCAAGUCACUGGAUUCUUUAUAUAGAAAAUAGCAUUGCAAACAUGUUAGUGCUCAUGUAGGAUAGUAGCUAGAGAGAGAAACGGUCAGUGUUAAAGUAAAUGAAAUGAAGUGUGCAGGCCGUUCAUUCUGGCCUUUGCCAUAGACACAGAGCUCUACCGAGAUCAAAUGAUUUAAUGGAGAGAGAGAGAGACUCAGGGUGCGUCUACACUAGAGACAUCAGUACCAGAUAGAGGGGCUGCCCCACAGGUAAGGUGAAGUUGAGAUUUGGACUUAAAGCAGGAAUUCACCCUCAUUGUUGAGGACAAACACAUUCUACCUACAUAGCAAAGAGGUGUCAGACGUUUUUUCCCCCCAGAUCAUCUCAGCUGAGGUGUUGCUGCAAGAGGUGGGUCCUGAGUAGAUCUAGUGCAAGAGGUGGUUUUUGAAAAGAAGAGUUUUGGGUUAAGAGCCGUGUUUUCUGUCUGCUCGUAACUGAAAGUUUCUCCUUUGAGAGACGCUGAAGAAGGUUCAUAGAAACUCUCCAAUAAAAGCCCUCUUGCAAAAUGGCUGCAGGCUCCCGUUGUUCUCCAAGGGACUGAGGCCAUUAGCUGCCUUUAGCAAAGAUGGUCAUCCCCUCUGCUCAUCUGCUCCUCCCAGCGCUGCUGCGUGUCCCCUGACUGCAUAGAGCCAUUGUCUCCCCUGAGGACUUCACUCCACCUGUGGCCUCGGUGCCAUUCAGAACAAUGGGAGCGGUGAGAAGGAGAUCAGUGGGCGAGCAUGCCUGUUUGGAAGGGCAGCCUUUGGUGAGCUUCUCUAUAGGAUAAGAUGCUAUGCACCAGCCUCUGCUGCUGGAGAAAACACUCAGUACGUCUUCGUGGUCUGGCUCUGGGGGUGCACAUGUUCCAAGCUCAGGACCAGAAAUUCUUCAAUAGCCGUGUCCGUUGGUCCGUGUCUGUGCUCUGCUAUGAACUGAGGGCAUAUAAGUGACAGUGCGGAUCAGCUGCCUCUCCAGUUCCUUGCUACCGCUCGCAUUCUGGGACGGGCCCUCUUGUGUUCGUUAGUCUCUUAGCCUCAGUUCAGUGUUGCCUGUAAACAUUAAACAUGGUUUUAAUGGUUUAUUGGUUAUGUGUCUCUUUUCAUUAGUUAGUUAGUGCUUUUCAAGUAGCUGUUAGUGGGGGUCAGGAGGUUCCCUCCACUUUAUUCCCCCUACGUCCAAGGCAUUUACGCCCAAGGCCCCAGGUUUCAAGCACUGUGUUGCAUGCCAAGUCUUCCUGCUAACCAGUGCUCACAAGACGUGUCUCUGCUUCCUCCAGGAAUCUCACAUCCCGUCGAAGUGUGAGAUCUGCUUCUCCUUCCUCUCCCCCUUGUGCUGGGCAGUCCCAGAGCUCCGACUCCGCAGGCACCUGAUGGAGCUCUCCAGCAGACCUGAGGACGCAUGAAGAGGGUAGGGAAAGACACACUCCUCAGAAGACUGACAAGUCCUCUCAUAAGUCGUCAAAGAAGAGGAUGGCC